CAAGCAGCAGAAGAAGAAGAAGCCGAAAAAGAAGACGAAACACACGAAAAAGAACUACGCAGGCGUACUGUACAUCAUGGAGGUGCUGGUGAACGCUCCGGGUAUUAGAGCUUCUACCUGCGUGUUUCCGGCCGGUUCUGUGGUCCAGCACGUCCUAGACCGGCUUGCCCCGUUACCGCAGGAUUUCUAUGUCAUCAGAGACGGACGGCGGGCACACCUGGAUGAUCCCCUGCAGCAUGGAGCUGUCUAUCACCUGGAGCCCCGCCUUCGCGGAGGGAAAGGAGGGUUUGGAUCGAUGCUGCGAGCGCUUGGCGCUCAGAUUGAAAAGACGACCAAUCGAGAGGCCUGCAGGGACCUGAGUGGGCGGAGACUCAGAGAUGUCAACCACGAGAAAGAGAUGGCGGAGUGGCUUAAGAAGCAGGCGGAGCGUGAGGCGGAGAAGGAGCAGCGGCGUCUGGAGCGUCUGCAGAGGAAGCUCAACGAGCCCAAACACCAGUUCAGCGACACCGAGUACCAGCAGCAGUGCCAUGACCUGUCUGAGCGACUCGAGGACUCGGUGCUCAAAGGUCUGCAGGCAUCCUCCAGCGGCCAGGUGAAGGUAGAUGACGUCUCUGGCAACAAGAGGGCAAUCUCUGAUCAAACCGAGGAGCCGGCAAAGAAGAAGUCGAAGAAGACAGGCAGGAGGAGGAGGAGGAGGAGGGGGGGUUCUGGUGAAAGGUUCUGGACAGGGCUGGAGGAGAUGGAAGAGCUGCUGAGCUCAGAGGACGACGAAGCUCCGUCCACAUCCUCCUCCUCGAGCUGUAGAGCUGCUGCCACCGUUACCAUGACAACACGGAGAGAGGAGACAGAGCCUGAGGAGGGCAGCAGCUCCUCCUCAGACAGUCAAAUCAACAGAGCCCCACAAUACUCAGAGGAGACCUCCAGAAAUCAGACUGAGGGACCUUCAGAUGACCAGGACCCUCCAGAAAUUUCAGGAAACCAGAGCGUCCAAACCUCAGAGGUUCAGGACCCUCCUGAAUCUUCUAAAAACGAGAACCCACAGGAGAUCUCCAGAGAACAGACUGAGAGACCCUCAGAGGACCAGGACCCUCCUGGCCUUUCCAAACCAUCAGAGUCCAGUGAGCCAUCUCAGCAGAACCUGGAUUUGUUCUCAGCGUCGUCUGUCCAGCAGCUGGAAGCUCUCGGUUUGGACGUUCUGAAGGAGGAACUGAUGUCUCGGGGGCUGAAGUGCGGAGGAACGCUGUCAGAGCGCGCCGCUCGACUCUUCGCUGUCAGAGGACUGAGUCCAGAUCAGAUAGACCCGGCGCUGCUCGCCAAACCCACAAAGACCAAGAAGAAAUGAGGGAACGUUUCUUUACUUCUUUUCCUUAAGUCCACGGAAGAACGCUCAGGAAGUGGAUCUCAGUCCACUUCCUGUUCUGGAAAGUUCAGUUCAGAAUAAUGAAUAAGAAUAUUUUUAGUUUAUUUUCCUGAUGUGACAUCAGCUGCUAACACCUGUCCGAACCAAUCAGCAAAUCAAGUUUGUAUUUUAUUAGAAGCACUGUCCAAACAGAGAGCACGAUUUUCAGACGUGUGUCUGUCCAGUUUGAAUUUUUAUCUACUUCCUGUUCAGUUUUCAAUAAACGUCUGUGAAACUAAA